GUGAUGGAUGCAGAGCCAGAACCAACAGGAAUGGAGACAGAGCCAGAACCAAUAGUGGUGGAGGCAGUGUUACAACCAGCAGUGGUUGAGGCAGAGUCAGAACCAAUUGUUGUGGAGGCAGAGCCUGAACCAACAGUGGUGGAGGCAGAGGCUGAACCAACAGUGGUGGAGGCAGAGGCUGAACCAACAGUGGUGGAGGCAGAGGCUGAACCAACAGUGGUGGAGGCAGAGGCUGAACCAACAGUGGUGGAGGCAGAGGCUGAACCAACAGUGGUGGAGGCAGAGCCUGAACCAACAGUGGUGGAGGCAGAGGCUGAACCAACAGUGGUGGAGGCAGAGCCUGAACCAACAGUGGUGGAGGCAGAGCCUGAACCAACAGUGGUGGAGGCAGAGGCUGAACCAACAGUGGUGGAGGCAGAGCCUGAACCAACAGUGGUGGAGGCAGAGGCUGAACCAACAGUGGUGGAGGCAGAGCCAGAACCAACAGUGGUGGAGGCAGAGGCUGAACCAACAGUGGUAGAGGCAGAGACUGAACCAACAGUGGUGGAGGCAGAGCCUGAACCAACAGUGGUGGAGGCAGAGCCAGAACCAACAGUGGUGGAGGCAGAGUCAGAACCAACAGUGGUGGAGGCAGAGGCUGAACCAACAGUGGUAGAGGCAGAGUCAGAACCAACAGUGGUGGAGGCAGAGCCAGAACCAACAGUGGUGGAGGCAGAGCCAGAACCAACAGUGGUGGAGGCAGAGCCAGAACCAACAGUGGUGGAGGCAGAGGCUGAACCAACAGUGGUGGAGGCAGAGCCAGAACCAACAGUGGUGGAGGCAGAGCCAGAACCAACAGUGGUGGAGGCAGAGCCAGAACCAACAGUCGUGGAGGCAGAGGCUGAACCAACAGUGUUGGAGGCAGAGCCAGAACCAACAGUCGUGGAGGCAGAGGCUGAACCAACAGUGGUGGAGGCAGAGCCAGAACCAACAGUCGUGGAGGCAGAGGCUGAACCAACAGUGGUGGAGGCAGAGCCAGAACCAACAGUCGUGGAGGCAGAGGCUGAACCAACAGUGGUGGAGGCAGAGGCUGAACCAACAGUGAUCGAGGCAGAGGCUGAACCAACAGUGAUCGAGGCAGAGGCUGAACCAACAGUGUUGGAGGCAGAGCCAGAACCAACAGUGAUCGAGGCAGAGGCUGAACCAACAGUGGUGGAGGCAGAGGCUGAACCAACAGUGGAGGAGGCAGAGCCAGAACCAACAGUGGUGGAGGCAGAGCCAGAACCAACAGUGAUGGAGGCAGAGGCUGAACCAACAGUGGUGGAGGCAGAGCCUGAACCAUCAGUGGUGGAGCCAGAGGCUGAACCAACAGUGGUGGAGGCAGAGCCAGAACCAACAGUGGUGGAGGCAGAGCCAGAACCAACAGUGAUGGAGGCAGAGGCUGAACCAACAGUGGUGGAGGCAGAGCCAGAACCAACAGUGGUGGAGGCAGAGGCUGAACCAACAGUGGUGGAGGCAGAGGCUGAACCAACAGUGGUGGAGGCAGAGGCUGAACCAACAGUGGUGGAGGCAGAGCCAGAACCAACAGUGGUGGAGGCAGAGCCAGAACCAACAGUGGUGGAGGCAGAGCCAGAACCAACAGUGGUGGAGGCAGAGCCAGAACCAACAGUGGUGGAGGCAGAGCCAGAACCAACAGUGGUGGAGGCAGAGCCAGAACCAACAGUGGUGGAGGCAGAGCCAGAACCAACAGUGGUGGAGGCAGAGCCAGAACCAACAGUGGUGGAGGCAGAGCCAGAACCAACAGUGGUGGAGGCAGAGCCAGAACCAACAGUGGUGGAGGCAGAGCCAGAACCAACAGUGGUGGAGGCAGAGCCAGAACCAACAGUGGUGGAGGCAGAGCCAGAACCAACAGUGGUGGAGGCAGAGGCUGAACCAACAGUGGUGGAGGCAGAGCCAGAACCAACGGUGGUGGAGGCAGAGCCAGAACCAACAGUGGUGGAGGCAGAGCCAGAGCCAAAUUUGAUGGAGAAAGUGCUAGAACCAACAGUGGUGGAGGCGGAGCCAGAGCCAAAGUUGAUGGAGAAAGUGCUAGAACCAACAUUGGUAGAGGCAGAGUCAGAACCAACAAUGAUGGAGGCAGUGCCAGAGCCAACAUUUGUGGAGGUAGAGCCAGACCUAACAGUAGAGGAGGCAGACCCAAAACCAACAGUAUUGGAAAUGAAUGAAUCACAAACAUUGGAAAAAAUAUCAGAUUCCCAUUCAAAUGUAACUUUACAGUUAGUAGAUUUGGAAAAUAUGAGUUAUUCGAGAGACGGCUUUGUUCUUGAAAAGCUUGAACCAACUGUGCACUUAGAUCCAGAUAUGAUGAUUAAAGUACCUGCUUCUGUAGAUGUUGUACCAUCCCUUGAAGAGGUUUCCACUAAGCAAAAUGAUUCAGUAGAAGUAAGUUUUGUUGCAUCAACAGAUAAAAAAUUUGGUCCUGAAUCUGAGAUGAGGGACACUACAGCAGAGUCUUACAAUUCUAUUUUUGAUCCUUUAGAUGCAGACAGUGCUAAAGUGCUUAAACCUGAGAGUAGUAGUCAUGGUAUUGAGGUAGAUGAUCCCCAUACUGCCAAGAAAGCACUUGUUUCUGAACAAGAUGUGUUAGAUGUAGUUACAUCUUCUGUAGAUUAUUUAGAUCUUGUUCAGAAAAACUUAGACAUGCUAGAUAAAACAUCGACUACUAGUGAAGACAGUAAGCCACCCCUAUUCAUUGAGUUAGAAGCUGCAGGCAGUAGAGUUUCACUGGAAACUUCAGUGAAGUCUGAGGGCAGUAAGGUACCUGAUACGCUUUCAUAUCUGGAUACUACAGCAACUUUGCCAGUAUCUACUUUGGCAAAUGACAUAACUGCAGACAUAGUUGGUGACUCACUUCAGCUUGAGGACAACUUAGUUUCUAGUGAACAGAUUAAUCUGAGGACAGAAGCCUUUAAGACUGAAGUGACUUGGACAGCACUACCCAUGUCAGAAGCAGACCAGGUCUCUCAUGUGUCUGCCAUUGAUGCUGGGGAAGCAUUGAAUAAAGGAACUAAGGAACCUGCUGAUGGUGAUGCACAAGAGAGUUCAGCCGAAGGGUCACUUAUACAAAAGUUUUUGAAGGCAUCACACAACAUGAUGAUGACAAUGUACAGAGGCAUUCUCUGCCCCUGUAUUGAAAAUGCUUGGUCUGGCUUCACGCACGCAGCACAGUUUAUCAGGCUGCCGGAGGGCCUGGCCUUUGGAGUUGAGGCAGAAAUCGCUGAGCCAGAAGUGUCCAAAGGAGCCUUGGCGUUUUUGGCAAUAGUUGUCUUUACCAUCAUUACCAUCUAUGUGGUGCACCUCAUCAUGAUGAAACUUUCCCGUGAGAGCCCAAUCCUGGCAGCCUUGAACAACAUGGACCGGGAGAAGCGCAUCUUGCUCCAUGAGAAUGCAACGCUUCAUGAAGAGCUGUGCAAGGCUCGGGCAGAGUUGGAAGUUAUGGCAUUACACAUCACAGAGUCUAAUGGAGACACCACUGAACUUGAUGCACAACUUGAGCUCAUCAAGAAAACCUUGGAUCAUGCCAGUGUGCUGGCAUCUGAGACAGAGAAACAGCUUGUAGUGCAGCCUGAGAGGGAACAGACUUCUGAUGAGCGUGAACAUGCUGCUGAAGCCGCCCACCAAGAGGAGAAGAUUGCCCAGCUGGAGCAUGAGUUGGAGGAGGCCACCAGCAAUAGCAUGGAGAUGCACAAGAUGCUUUCAGAAAUGUUGUCUGCACAAAAAGAUACAACAACCUUCCAGGCAUCAGUUGACCAUCUUCAGGAAAUGCUUGAUGGUCAGCAAGAAAAGGUGGAAGCCUUGAAUUCUGAUCUGGCACUGAAGUCCAGACUUAAUGAGGAGCUUCACCUAGAGUUGUCAGCCUCCAGGGAACAAGUCAGCAAACUUGACACACAGGUUCAGCAGCUCACACAGUCACUGAAAGAGAUUAGCAAUUCCAAGGAAGAGACCAGCCAACAACUAUUGAAGGAAAUUGAGCUUGUAAAGGAACUCCAGACUGUUAAUGAAUCCAUAUCCAAACAAUCAAAGACCAGUGAUGAGCAGCUGUCUGCCUUGGAGCAAGAACUGCAGGCAUUGCAAGACACCAUUGCUACCUUACGUGAGAGUGUGGAAACUAAGGACUCAGAAUUAAAAGUUGCCAAGGAAUGCCUGAAGCAGAUCCAGUUAACCUCAGAAGACUCCAAGGUUGUCCCUGAUGAUAAGAAAUUGUCGUCACUCUUUGAUGUCAUUAAGAUCAAGGCUGAACUACAGAGGGUUAGUAGUGAGCGCCUCAACUUGGAAGACCAACUGAAGGAUUCUGAAAUGGCCCAGAAAAAUUUGGAAGAUGCCAUGUCCUCUAUUCGGUCUGAGGUGACAGAGCUGCGCUCCAUGCAUGAUGAAGCAGUGCAUGAAAAGCAAGAGGCAAUGAGUAAACUAGCAGUCCUGACUCAGUACUUUGAAGAAAAAGAAGCACAACUAACAAAAGAACUGGAGUCGCAGGAAGGAAUGCGAAUGAAUGCUGAAGGGUCAGCAGCCUCUGUUGCCCAGAAGAUCCAUAACUAUGAGCUGGAAGUCACCUCCUACAAGGAUAUAAAGAAUCUGCCAGAAGCAAAAAGAGAAAUGAUUCAUCGAAUGUCCAUGGAAGAGUAUGAUUUUGCAGACCUGUCGCCCACCACAGGAAAUGUCCCAGUCUCAGACGAGUACAAAGUAGAAUGGGUAAAAGCCAAAGCUGAAUUAAGACGUAAACAAUCAGCUGCUCUCACCACUGGCUUUAAUGAGAAUAAGGAAGAGGCAGCUGCUCCCAUUGUGGCUUCCAUUUUACAAUCCUUUGACUCUUCACACUCCUCUGACUCUGCCCAGGGCCUCAAUGAAUCACCAGCAUGUACUGUUGAAUCUCCUGUUCCACUGGAAGUACAAAGUGGCAGCAAGAUAGAGCAGCUAGAGUCCACUACUACUGGCCCACAAGUUGAAUUACUGCCAUCUAUAUCUGUGGCACCCAACUCAGGAAACUUUACGAGAACAUCAUUUUCUCGACCUUCUUCCCUAAAGAUAUCAGCCAGACAAGACAGCUUAACUGCUGGGCUCACGACUAUGAGUGAUAAUCUACCUACAUCAUCAGCAACCUCAAAUUUUAGUUCAUUAGCCACUCAGGAGAAUGAGCCACAGCUGAGUACCUCAGUAGAAGUACCCAGCAGAACUAGUUAUGAUCUUGGAUUACACAGUGCUAAACUGGUAGAUCUUGGAGCUGUUGUUUAUGACGACUCUUUUGAUGUAGCACUACAGGAAACUGCUGCCUCAGAUGAUGUGAAGAGUUCAGUUGCUGCCAUGAAGAGUAUCUUUGAGAGAGAUGCACAGCUCAGAUCUAUGUCAGAAACACUACCUUAUGGCUCAAGUAGUGAGAAAGUUGUCUCCUUUGGCACAACAGUGAAAAGUUCUCUCAGUUCUAGAUCAGAUCUGAAGAAAGAAGAAAGAGAAUCUUCACACAUGAAUCUGAUGUUGGACACAAAGAAAAAAACUCGUGUUGAAAGCCUGCAGAAGGAACUGCAGGCUCAGGAAGAAUCCUACAAAACUCAAAUUGCCAGCUAUGAGCAGAAGGCCCAUGACAACUGGCUACAAGCACGAACAGCCGAACGCAGGAACGAAGAGCAGCGGCAGGAGAACAGCCAGCUGCGGAACCGCCUGACGCUGCUGCAGAAGGAGAAGGAAGGCAUACAGGGUGGCAUACUUAAGCCCACUCCUAAACGUCUAGAUGCUAAUGGAAGAAUCCCAUCUCCUGGGGCACUCAUAGAAGGGGAGGUGGACGGGGACCACUCUGAAACCCCUCCACAUCCUAUGCAUGGCCCUCCACCCAUGUUGCCUCCCAUGAUGUUGCCCCCUGGAGCUCCCUUACCCCCAGGCAUUCCUCCCCCACAUGGUUUCCCAGGAGUGCCGCCCCCACCCCCCCCUCCUGGCAUGUCCCGGGGCAUGCCACCUCCAUUCCUCCACGGGGAGCUCCCAUUCAUGAGACCACCUUAUCACCCCCUUCCUGGAGACCGACGCCUACCCCCUGCAGGAGGCAUGCCUUCUCCUCCAUACAGGCGGUCUGGGUCACCAACGUACAAUCACCGCAAUGACCGGUACUCUCCCAGCAGUGAACAUUCUCAUCUCUCAGACCGCCAUUACUCCCCUCCACCCCUCCGCCACAGGCCCCCCUCCCCCGACAUGCACCGCCGUAACCAUUCCCCCGACAGGAGGUCAGACAGAUUAAGAUCACCUGACCGCCGCUCAGACAGAGUCAGAGCCUCACCAGACCACCACCGCUCAAAUCGGAGGACCCCCGACCGGAGAUUAGACAGGCGUUCUCCAGACAGACGCUUCACAAGGUCGCCUGAUGGCUAUCACAGGCACAGGGCUUCUCCUCAUGAUUAUUAUGAUCAUUCAGAUUAUAACAGUGAUGACUCCAGGUUACAUCAAAUUUCCAGUAAAGGCAAGAAGACCUCCACGCCGCUGGUUCCCUCAGACAGGUGGAAGAAUGAUGUAUAGUCACACGUUUCUUAGGCGCAUUUUUUCAUUUUCCUGGAUCUGGAAAAUCUAAUGUAUUGUUUAUCCAUUAAAGCCUUUGUUAGUAAUUUUAAUUAAUUAUUUAUUUUUUUGAAGAUCAUUCCAGGUUGAAAAUGGCAGUGUGACACUACCAUAUUUCAGAUCAGAUAAUAUUCAUAAUUUAUAUUUACAAGUGUGUAAGUAUAUUUAUUUUAUUUGGUCUGGCACCAUGCUUCAUAUUUUAUUAUAGUGGUUCAUAUGCCAUUGCAUUUAGACCACCAACUUUAUUUGUUUAUUUUGUCACUAAUUAUGUCAUCCAGAAAACUGCAAAGGCACCAUUCUCAUGAGUCCUGCAGUGGAGAGUGUUACCUUGUGGCCGUCAUCAGGAGUUUGUGAUGUCCCAGCAAGUGAAACGUUCGGCUACACUGUGAACGCUGCCAUUUUAUGUGUUUGGUUGUGUGAUUGCUUGUGAGUUUAGCAUGAAACUGUAUAUUUGUACUAUUCACUGUACAUUAGAAAAUCAUUUUGUACUCAGCCACGCUAGUGAGUCCCAUUAAUCAUACAAUGACUGGUGAUUAAUUUCAAGUGGCAGUAGUGUGCAGGUGCUGUAUGUUCAUGGCGAGGUUUCCUCUUGUUAUAAUCUUAUGUUGAUGAAAAUUUAAUAAACUUGUAUGAAAUAUUCAUGCAUGACUGUGAUACUAUAUCUGUAAAUAUUAUAUUGUUGUGGAGCUCUAAGAACUAGGCUACUAAAGCCACAGCAGUGAUGAUAACAAGUACCAAUUUGUCAUUUACAUGAGUUCAUUGCCAGCAGUGAUGCAAAAGUGUCAUGUACAGGGAGAGGUAGGUACUGAUGACAAGUAGAGGAAGAGUUACCACCCCA